AUGAUAAAUCAAUCAUAUAUUAAUUAUCUUUUAAUUGUAUUUUUAAUUUUAAUAUCUCCAAUAUCAUCGAGUAUACUUAGUGAUCCAACAUCAUGUAGUUCAAAUAUUAUUAAAUAUUCAGACCAUGAGAAGGCUCAAAUACCACUAUCAUUCGAUGCUAGAUUAAAGUGGCCAUCAUGUAUAUCCGGAGUCAGGAACCAAGGAAUAUGUUCAAGUUGUUGGGCAAUGACUGCCUCAAGUGUAUUGUCGGAUACUAUGUGUAUCGCUUCAAAUAAGACUGUAAAGAAAUUAUUGUCACCUCAGUAUAUGGUAGAUUGUUCUCAUAACUGUAAACCAGGCAAUAUUUAUUGCAAUCUAGGUUGUAAGUUGGGAUAUUUGGACCUGGCCAUUGAGUAUACUAUUAGCAAUGGUCUUGUAUCAGAUCAAUGUUAUCCAUAUAAGGAGUCAGAGUCAACAACAUGUCCAACCAAGUGUAACAAUCAAGAUAAUCUUUCAUUCUAUUAUGGAAAGUCUUGCAAGAAGUUCACAACUAUCGAGGAUGCCCAACUAGAGAUCAUGAAUCAUGGAUCAAUCAUCGCCACUCUGGAUAUACACUCCGACCUAUACACCUACAAGUCAGGCCUAUACGCUGCCACUGGAGAGUACAAAGAAGGUCACGCAGCAAGAGUGGUUGGAUGGGGAACACUCGAUACCAAACCAUUUUGGUUGUUGGCCAAUAGUUGGGGCACGGACUGGGGUAUGAAUGGAUACUUCUUAAUCGAGCGUGGACAAAACAUUGCAAUGGUUGAGACAAAUCUACUUGGAAUUGAACCAGAUACAUCAAGAAUACCAGAGUCCAAUGUGAAUGAUAACAGCGUUUCCUUCAGAGAUGCUCCAGUUGAGCCACAUAUCAAUGCUGGCACAUUCCUCUCGCCAACAACCUUCAUUCCAUUGACAAUUCUUUUGUCAAUUGUGUAUUAUAUACUU